UCCCGUUGAUAACGUUUUCUACAGAAUGAACCUCGUAAUAUUAACAUUGUUUUCCUCGGCAGGAAUCUCAUUAACAAGCGCCUCUCACAGUGACCAUCAUCAUGUUCCUCUAAUUAACUGCCCGUCUUGUCAACACCACGUCUGUGAUUUCAAGAACACCAUCCAGUGUGAAGUUUGUCAAAUUUAUGUUCCACACCACGGGCAACCUCCACAAGACACAAGGUGUAUUCCGACUGGACAUUGUCAUUCGGACGAUCAUCAUCAGUUUUGCUGUGAUACUGAAGCUUGUGUUGCUUCCUUUUUUCGAGAAUUGCACAUUACCAGUACCACAACCCAACAAAUAACUAAUACAGCAAGCGCCCCUCAUGAACACAAUUUUCAUAAACAUAAUCAUGUUCCUCUAAUUAACUGUCCGUCUUGUCAACACCACGUCUGUGAUUUCAAGAACAGCAUCCAGUGUGAAGUUUGUCAGAUUUAUGUUCCACACCACGGGCAACCUCCACAAGACACAAGGUGUGUUCCGAUUGGACAUUGUCAUUCGGACGAUCAUCAUCAGUUUUGCUGUGAUACUGAAGCUUGUGUUGCUUCCUUUUUUCGAGAAUUGCACAUUACCAGUACCACAACCCAACAAAUAACUAAUACAGCAAGCGCCCCUCAUGAACACAAUUUUCAUAAACAUAAUCAUGAACAUCUAAUUAACUGUCCGUCUUGUGAACAUCACGUCUGUGAUUUCAAGAACACCAUCCAGUGUGAAGUUUGUCAGAUUUAUGUUCCACACCACGGGCAACCUCCACAAGACACAAGGUGUGUUCCGACUGGACAUUGUCACUCGUACAGAGAUUAUCAAUGCUGCGAUACCGAAGCUUGUGUUGCUUCCUUUUUUCGAGAAUUGCACAUUACCAGUACCACAACCCAACAAAUAACUAAUACAGCAAGCGCCCCUCAUGAACACAAUUUUCAUAAACAUAAUCAUGAACAUCUAAUUAACUGUCCGUCUUGUGAACAUCACGUCUGUGAUUUCAAGAACACCAUACAGUGUGAAGUUUGUCAGAUUUAUGUUCCACACCAGGGACAACCUCCACUAGACACAAGGUGUAUUCCGGCUGGACAUUGUCACUCGGACAUUCAUCGUCAUUGCUGUGAUACUGAAGCUUGUCUUGCUUCCUUUUUUAGAGAAUUUCACAUCACCAAUACCACAACCCAACACAUAACUAAUACAGAUUCUAUGGUACACUGCCCCACCUGCCACGGAGGUGACUGUGACUUUGUCAAUCGAGACACGUGUCACGUGUGUAAAUUCGACUUACAUCCGGGAAAAUUACCUCAUGUUCAUUGUUUGAAUGGAAAUGAACAUUGCACGGAGAACCACAACACGCGCUGCUGCAGUGAUGAGUCUUGCAUAGCACGUGCAUUUGGGUCAUGGUAUCCCGGUACUUCAUCUACACAUUCUACUACGAGCAGAGAAAUCCACGUUACUGUUGGGGCAUAUGGGCCGUAUUUUCAAACCUUUCGAUCCUCAACCACGUUGCCAACGACGACAGGUCAUACUAAGGUCAACACUUCUAACCCAACAACAUUUAAGCACACUAGUGUAGCCACGCCUACGACAAUAUCUAAUGUAUCAACUUUACCUUCCUACACCACAAGCACCACAACAACACCUUCCUCAACCAGUACAUAUUCUACCUCGUCGUUAAGAGCGAAUUCUUCAGAAGCAACGACUCCUCUGACCCCCAGAGGAACAACUGGAUCUGUUUCUUCUGCGACAACUGUAUCAUUUUCAACUGAUAUACCCAGUAACUGCUCCGACAGUAUAACAAAUUGCGCCACUCUGAAAAGAUACUACGGCGUGUGUCAUGCUAUCCCAGUACAAAGAGACAUGUACGACAUCGCUUUCCUGCGGUGUAGGGCAACUUGCAACCUUUGCAAAGAAACUUAUCAACCAUUAACCAAUCCAUCAACUUCUCUUCAAGUCACAACAUCGAGUUUCAGGACAACAACAUCGGCCGAGGCUAGCACUACAAUUAUUAAGCAAUCAACCAAGAUGUCAGAGACAACCUUGACAGGAGGUAAUUUUAAACCUAUAUUUUGAAGAACAUAAUCUAUAGAGGGGAUUUUUAUUUCUC